ACAGCCGCACAAGCCACGACACAAACACACAACACACACUCGCACACGGCGGCGACGGAAUGGGGAAAUGGUAAACCGAGAAAGGUCGAAAAUGGCGGGAUUGUCCGAUUUAGAGUUGCAUUUUGACUUCUAUGGCGCCUAUCACAGCAAUCCGAUUAACAUCUUCAUCUACAUGAUCUUCUUGUGGUUGAUUACUUUUAUGGUCCUGCUUGUUUGCAUUUUAUCCCUGUCGUCGCGUGCUCGCUCAUUCAGUUGGGGAACGGAGGCGCCUGGCUUUCUCUUGACCUGAUUUAUGCGAUCUAUUACGUGAGUUUGGAUAGGAGAGCGGGGGCUCUCGUCGCCGCUCCGAUGUGCUUCCUUUGCAAGAUUGGGAGCAGUACUUUUGGCCAUCGCCUCGGGUUUAACAUGGCGUGGAAGGUAAAUUUUGGGGUGUACGGUUUUGUAUCUCCUGUUGUGGAGAUUUUUUGCUCGAAUUGGUUUGGUAUUCCUUUGAUUCAGUGGAUGUGGAGAUAUUUCAAUUUUUCCGUGGAUUAGUCCUAAUUUGGAACUUUUAUGCCGAAUUAAUUUGGAUUCUGUUUUGAGUUUUCGAUCAUGAUUUUUCUUAUAAGUUUGCUGUUAUGAAAUUUUGAACGGUAUUGGUUGAAUUUGGAUUUUUCUUAGAUUGAAUCUUAUAUCAUAGUUUGCAUCAUGAUUUGUUUGUUCCUGUUUGAUUCAUAUGCUUGUCCUGAUGUCAAAGGUGCUCACGUAAGGAUAUUACUAUUGACGUUCUUUAGGUAUCAGGUAUGUAAUCAAAGGCUUCAAACUACAGCUGCAUAACACAUCCAACUCAACAAAGUAAAAUAGUAUAUGAAAUGCUCAUUCACGAAAUUGUAUAGUCUCUAAAUGAGAAGCCACUGUUCCGUUGCAGAUUCAAAUCACAAACUUAGUUCCCAUAAGACUUAUGUUAUGCAGAGAGCUUUAUUCAACGAGGGGUGCAUUUUUGUUGGUGACCUUUAUAUAAGGUUUGUUGGUAUGAGGGCAAGAUGCUUAUGUAGACUAAGAGGUGAAGCUAUUGGUGAUUCAUCUUCUCAGAAAGUGGAUGGGAUUAUUAUUGAGCUUGUUUAUUUGCACAAGGAGAAAGAAGCACCAAUAGCAAAGUUGUUCCAGGGUAAAUGCUUGAAUGCACUUACAAUUGGUGGUGGCCUUGUCCUAUUUCAACAGAUUAUUGGGCAACCAAGUGUAUUGUAAUAUACUGCAACUAUUUCUCAGCAGCAGUCAAAGCAAAUUUGUUGGACAAAGUUGAAUCGAAGCUUACUUCACUUGUUGAGCGUCAAAUAAAAGCCCUCCGUGACAGAAACAGGUCCUGCAGUUCAAACAGUGAUUUUGGCUCGGCUUUGAGUGAUUCAAAUAACGAUGUUCCUCUGCAGAUGGAUCAGAUGGAGAGCACUCACCGAGGACACAGAAAAUAAUUCAGGUAUUAAAUAUGCUUUGUGAUAGCUCUAAAAAUAAAAACAAAUUAAAACAAAUUGGAUGGUUCUUCUUCAGAGAUGCGUGUCAUGUUUUUGUUGGUUAUUUUUAACUGAUAUGAAGCCAAAUAUAAGAGUUGUUGAUCGAUUCGAGUAGACGAUAACUAGAAUAUUGACCGAUUGUUUUAGGGGCCUAUUUACAUUAUAUUUACUACAUUGAGUACAUUGCGAACUUCCUAUAUACAAACUAACAACUGUUAUUGUUGUAUUAACUUAGAAUGAGAUGAUUAUCUUGUUUUUUCCUUUACUUGUUCUUAACAUUGAUAAGAGUAUACUUUGUGUUUUGACUUCAGACAAUACAUGGUUUAGUGCAAAACUGUUUAUGCCAAUGUGUUGUUGAUAAUUGACUGAUAGCCAUUCGUAGAGGGAUAAUCCACCAUGCAUUUACAAGGAAAUAAAACAUAUAGCCUACAACUGGCCAAUAAGAGAGUCAUGAUAGUUUUUAGGUUCUCAUACUCAUUUGAAUCCAAAAUUGUAAUAAUGCUCAGAGUUAGUACAAUGUAUUGACUAAUGUGUAUUAGUUACUCUUGAUUGACUCACUUUUUUAGAGUUAAAAGACAUUAUAGAUAUAUAUGUGCGUUUCUCCCAUUUAACUAAUGCAAGCUUAAGUUUGAAAUAUGAUUUCCAUUCCUUACUAGCAAACCUUUAC